AUGGAUUCUGACGAAGUUAAACCGACAGCAUCUUAUAGCGAAAAGUCCGAAAAGUCCAAACAAUUCCUCAAUGUUGACUUAAAUGAUUGUGAAGAUCCCGACAGAAUACAUUCGUUUAUGGGGAUGUCUGGACCCAAACUAAACUACGCAGUCUCAAUAUUUGCCGGAGUUGGAUUCUUAUUAUUUGGGUAUGACCAAGGAGUCUAUGGAAGUUUACUAAGCCUUGAUUCAUUUGAACGCACAUUCCCCUCGAUAAAAUCAUCGGCUAAUUCGACGUUGCAGGGUGCUGUUAUUGCUGUUUAUGAACUAGGCUGUGGAUUUGCCGCAUUGUCUACGGUUUAUCUUGGUGACAGGUUGGGGAGACUAAAGUGUAUGUUUCUAGGUUGUGUUAUUGUUGUGAUUGGAGCUGCUUUGCAAGCUUCAGCAUUCACUGUUACUCAUUUAGCUAUAGCCAGAGUUUUCACUGGAUUCGGCACCGGCUACUUGACAUCCACGGUCCCUGUCUGGCAAUCUGAAAUGAGCAAGGCUAAAUCAAGAGGAAAAUUGAUCAUGAUGGAAGGUAGUUUAAUCACUUUGGGUAUUACCAUUUCGUAUUGGGUUGAUUUUGGAUUUUAUUUCAUCGACAGGGAUGGAAAUGAUAGUAAAGCCAUUUCAUGGAGAAUCCCCGUGGUGCUUCAAGCCAUUUUUCCAAUUUUUUUGCUCAUGUUUGUUUUCAAAUUCCCCGAAUCCCCACGUUGGCUAAUGGCAAAGGGUAGGGUGAGAGAAGCAAGAAUCGUCUUUAGUGCCUUGUAUAACGUUCCUGAAGGAGAUGAAAAAAUCACUGACCAACUAACUGAAAUUCAAAGUGCCAUUGAAUUGGAAGUAUCCAACGCCGAGGGGUUUAGUCUCAGAGCAUUAACCGCCCAAGGACCAACACGGAACUUCCAUAGAUUAAGUUUAGCUUGUUGGUCACAGAUUAUGCAACAAAUAUCGGGAAUCAACUUGAUCACAUACUAUGCGGGUACAAUUUUUCAGCAAUACAUUCACAUGUCUCCGUUCAACUCAAGAAUCUUGGCUGCUUGUAACGGAACCGAGUACUUUUUAGCUUCCUUAUUGGGUAUAUUGUUUAUUGAGAGAGUCGGAAGGAGGAGAUUGUUGUUCUUUGGUGCUAUUGGCCAAUCUCUUUCCAUGGUAGCUUUGACUGUUGCAGGAUGGAAAUCUCAAACAACAUAUGAUGCUGGGGGGAAUAGUACACCAGCUGGAGUUGCAGCCGCUGUGUUCCUUUUUGUGUUUAAUUCGGUUUUUGGUAUGACGUAUCUUGGCGGAACUUGGUUGUACCCACCCGAAAUCUCGGCACUUCAGUUGCGGGCUCCAACAGCUGCAUUGUCUACAGCAAGUAAUUGGGCAUUCAACUUCCUUGUUGUGAUGAUAACGCCAGUCUGUUUCAAAAACAUCCAGUACUACACGUACACCAUAUUUGCUGUUAUCAAUAUUUUAAUGGCGCCAGCAAUUUACUUCUUUUAUCCCGAAACUUCAGGCCGUACUUUGGAAGAAAUGGACUAUAUUUUCAAUCAAUGCCCUACAAAAGAGCCCUGGAAAGUUGUUCAAAUUGAGAAAAAUACUCCAAGGAGACGCCAUGCAGAAAAUGAUUUGGAAAAACCCACUACUGAGCAUAUCGAUGAAGUCGAUUCGGAAAGUUUACUUGCUAGUUGA